GAGUUUUGGAGAAACGAAAGCAAAAGAGUUUCAUUUUCCUCGAUACAGUGAAUCAUCGUUUUUGCUGCCAGUUGGGUGUUCUUUUAACUACGCUGGAGCCAGAUUACAACACAGUAUUGUGAUCAGUGUUACCGGUUAGCUGGGUCAUAAUGACAUCGGACAACGAUGAUGUAAACGAGCGUCUCAUUGAAAACUUUAGGCCGAGGUUGCGAGAGCAUAUUGUGGUGGAGCGGGUUCUGGAUUAUUUACAUUGUAUCGAAGCCGACCAGAAUGAACAGAUCAGACAAAAGGCGAGGAAUGACGGUAAUCUCGCGGCUGUGGAUCUCCUCAUUAGCGCAGUCCUCAAAAAGCCACAUACCAAAGGCUGGUUCAGGGCGUUUGUCGACGCGUUGGUGCAUUCAGGUUGUGAAUAUGCAGCGGACUACAUUCAGGUCAAUCUCCCGAAACCUGAAGUGGAGGCAGAGAAUGAUUGCUGCGUCCAGCUUAUUCAAAUACUGUCUCCCAGUCUUGUGGACAUGAAAACUGACGAAGUGUACGUACACUGCUUCGCUCAAGGCCUGAUUACCCAAGAUGACGUCGAGAUUAUUAAAGCUACAACAGAAAACCGUGGACGCAGGGAUGGAGCCCGUGAACUUCUGGGAAGAAUCGUGAGAGGUCGACCAGGAUGGUUUUCUAAUUUUCUCAAUAUUCUGCGUGAAACUGGACACCAGUACCUGUACCAGCUGACUGGAGGGUCACCUGACUGUGACAAGCAAGGCUCAGAUGAGAAACUGCCUUCAGUGAAAGGUGAACCCACAGGAAAUGAAGCUGACGCAGAGGAGAGAACAGCUGAAAGCUGUGAUAGCCCACAGUUUAUGGAGAUCACAGUAACCGAGGAGCCUCAAGAUUCAGACCUGUACCAAGAAGCAAGCACUGAAUCCAGACAACUGCCAAACAGCUUGGAGCCCUCACAACCAGAUGGAACUGACUCAGUAGCAGCAGCCAGAGGCCCAGAAAAAGAUGAUAUUGUUCUUCGAGAUUAUCAGAUGGAAGUCGCUAGACCUGCCUUGGAGGGGAAAAACAUUAUCAUAUGCCUUCCGACAGGAAGUGGUAAAACCAGAGUUGCAGUUUAUAUUACCAAAAAACAUCUGGACUGCAGGAGGACAGAGGGACGAUCAGGGAAAGUGGUCGUCUUGGUGAACAAGGUUCCUCUCGUUGAGCAGCAUUAUUCCGCAGAGUUCUUGCCAUUUUUGAAGCACACAUAUAAACUGGAGAGAGUCAGCGGAGACUGCCAGCUCAAAAUCUCCUUCACAGAGAUUGUGAAGAAAAAUGACGUCAUCAUUUGCACAGCCCAGAUUCUUGAGAAUUACUUGGAGAGGUCUAACACAGGAGAGGACGAAGGGGUGGAUUUAAGCGAUCUGACACUGAUUGUAAUAGAUGAGUGUCACCACACUCAGAAAGGAGGAGUCUACAACCACAUAAUGAUGCGCUACCUGAAGCAGAAGCACAAGAACAAAAGGCUGAAGAAGGAGCAGAAGGAGCCUGUGCCCCUCCCUCAGAUCCUGGGCCUGACUGCCUCACCAGGGGUCGGGGGAGCCACGAAAAUGGAGAAAGCUGAGGAACACAUACUGCGCAUUUGUGCAAACUUGGAUGCUUCCAAAAUCAUGACAAGGAGCCUUGGGGAAUACAAAAAGGAGCAAAGGAAAAUAACUGUAACUGUUGAAGACAGAAAAGAGGAUCCCUUUGGUGAUGUCAUCAAGAAAAUCAUGAAUGCCAUUCAUACCCAUGCCCAGCUGAGCCCCACCUGUGACCUUGGCUCUCAGAAUUAUGAACAGUGGGUUGUUCAACAAGAGCGAAAAGCUGCAACAAAGGAAGAUCAGAAAGUGCGGGUCUGCGCAGAGCACCUUCGGCAGUACAGCGAGGGCCUGAAUCUCAGCAACACCAUUCGCAUGCGUGAUGCCUUCAGUUUCCUGAACAAAUACCAAGAGGAGGAGAAAAAGAGAAAAACAACACCAGACGAGGAGCAGAACAUACAAAUCACAGAUACUGAGAGAUUCCUCUUCAAUUUGUUUAAAGAGAACAAGGAAGAGCUGCAGACGCUCGCAGAGAAUCCAGAGUAUGAAAAUGACAGUCUGUCAAAACUAAGAGCUAAAAUUCUGCAAGAGUUUAGCACCAGGGAGGAGGCCAGAGGGAUCAUUUUCACCAAAACACGUCGCAGCGCCAUUGCUCUAAGUCAGUGGAUUCAGGAAAACCCCAAGUUUGCUGACAUUGGCGUGAAAGCCUCACAUGUCAUCGGAGGAGGAGACCAGAGUGUUGUUAAACCAAUGACCGCUGCAGAGCAAAGGGACGUGUUGACCAAAUUCCGCAAUGGUGAAGUCAACUUGCUGAUUGCCACCACGGUGGCAGAGGAAGGUUUGGACAUCCCAGCGUGCAAUUUUGUUAUCCGAUAUGGCCUUGUGACCAAUGAGAUUGCUAUGAUUCAGGCUCAAGGCCGAGGAAGAGCUGAGGACAGCAGCUACACUCUGGUCGAGGUGAAGAACUCUGGGGUGGCUGAAAAGGAGUGUGUCAAUGAGUACCGUAAGAACAUGAUGAACAAAGCCAUUGACAAAAUCCGAGCCUUAACUCAAGCGAACUAUGACAAACGGAUCUUAGAGUUUCAGAUUCAGGCUAUAAUGGAGGAGAAGGUGAGAAUGACAAAAAAGAAGCAGAAAGGCAUGAAGAAAGAGAACCCGUCCGAGGUGAAGUUUAGCUGCCGAGGCUGCAGCAAACAUGUCUGCACCGGCGAAGACAUUGAGAUCAUCGAAAACAUGCACAGAGUCAAUGUUACAACACAGUUUAGUAACCUUUUCAUUCAGAGAGAAAACACUACUCUUCAAGAGCGACUUCUAGAUUAUGAGACUAAUGGCUUCAUAGCAUGCAAAGACUGUGGGCAGAGAUGGGGUUCCAUGAUGCUCUACCGCGGGAUCGAGUGCCCCUGCCUCCACGUGAAAAACUUCGUGGUGACAGUCAACGGAAAGAAGAUCAGCAAAUGCACCAAGUGGAGCGAGCUCGCCGUCAAGUUUUCUGCCUUCGACUACGCUGAACAUGCGAGCCGGGUGGCACAGAGCUCAGAUGAUGAAGAAACAGAAUCAAUGACAACUACGUAGACUCAUUAAUAAUCACAUAAACACUGAUCUCUGUUUUAUUCUUAACUAUGUGACUUGCACCGCAUGAAUUACUGCACCACACUGGUAAAUGCAAUGCUUCUUUUGAGUGCUGCACUGUCAUGAUAACUGGAGUCACGGAUGGUGGGGGAUUUAAGCAUGUGCUGCAAACAUGUUCGUUCAGAGCAUGCACAAUAUAUUUAGCAUUUUAUUGGUGAAAGGUUUAUUUCAUAAAUAUGUCAGAUUGUCAAAAAUAUGAAUUUGCCCUGGAAUUGUUGGUGUAUCGGAUACUGUAUGUUGAAUUUACUGCUGGAAUUCUGUAACAAUCUUAAAAGAUAUUUAUGUAUAAGCUUGCAUCACUUAAUAAAUUAAUAAUAAAUGA